UAGCAGCAGCUGGGCGCAGCGCUAGGCGGGCAGGCGAGCGAGCAGGAGGGCAGGCGAGCGCGGAGCAUCCGACGACGGGGGAAGCUGGCGAGGGCCGGCCAGGGACACGGGCAGCGGCAGAGGCAGGGCGCCCGCCCGCCCGCGGCACCGGCCCCCCUGGAUGGCAUGUGGCUGGUCACUUCUUGCCUCCUGCUGCUCAACUCCUGGACCAGCCCAGCUCAUACAGAAGAUGUUGGAACCAGCCUCUACUUUGUGAACGACUCCAUUCAGCAGGUGACCUUCUCCAGCACUGUGGGGGUGGUAAUCCCCUGUCCAGCAGCAGGGUCCCCCAGUGCCACCCUUCGCUGGUACCUCGCCACUGGGGAUGACAUCUAUGAUGUCCCACACAUCCGUCACGUCCAUGCCAAUGGGACGCUGCAGCUCUACCCUUUCUCGCCAUCUGCCUUCAAUAGCUUUAUCCACGACAACGACUAUUUCUGUACUGCAGAGAAUUCUGCGGGGAAAAUCAGGAGCCCAAAUAUCCGGGUUAAAGCAGUUUUCAGGGAACCUUACACAGUCCGGGUGGAGGAUCAAAGGUCAAUGCGUGGAAACGUGGCUGUUUUCAAGUGCCUCAUCCCUUCUUCGGUGCAAGAAUACGUCAGUGUUGUGUCCUGGGAGAAAGACACGGUUUCUAUCAUCCCAGAAAAUAGGUUUUUCAUUACUUUCUAUGGUGGGUUGUACAUAUCAGACGUCCAGAAGGAAGAUGCCUUGUCCACCUAUAGGUGUAUCACCAAGCACAAGUACAGUGGCGAGACGCGGCAGAGCAAUGGAGCCCGACUGUCCGUCUCAGACCCUGCAGAAUCCAUCCCAACCAUCCUAGAUGGCUUCCAGUCCCGGGAAGCAAAGGCAGGUCAGCUGGUGGAACUUCCAUGCAUAGCCUCUGGCUACCCUAACCCAGCCAUCCGAUGGAUCAAGGGUGGUCGGCCACUGCCUGCUGACAGUCGAUGGACCAAACGUGUCACUGGGCUGACGAUCAGUGACCUGCGAGUAGAGGACAGCGGGACGUACAUCUGUGAAGUCACAAAUACCUUUGGGUCUGCUGAGGUCACCGGGACCCUCACAGUGAUAGACCCCCUGCACGUCACCCUCACACCAAAGAAGCUGAAGACCGGCAUCGGGAGCACCAUCAUCCUCUCAUGCACGCUCUUGGGCUCACCAGAAUAUACUCUCCGCUGGUAUCGCAACACAGAGCUGGUGGCACCAGAUGACUUCAUCUCCAUCCGGGGAAUCAACAAUGAAACGCUGCUCAUCACAGCUGCCCAGAAGAGCCAUUCAGGAGUCUAUCAAUGCUUUGCCAGCAGGAAGGCUCAAACUGCUCAGGACUUUGCCAUCAUUGUGCUGGAGGAUGGGACCCCCCGGAUCAUCUCAUCCUUCAGUGAAAAGGUGGUGAACCCAGGCGAACAGUUCUCCUUGAUGUGCGCUGCCAAGGGGGCCCCUCCGCCCACAGUCACUUGGGCACUGGAUGACGAGCCCAUUCAGAGGGACAGCAGCCACCGCACCAACCAGUACACCAUGUCAGAUGGCACCACCGUCAGCCACAUGAACGUGACAAGCCCGCAGAUCAAGGAUGGAGGGGUGUACCGUUGUGCCGCGCGGAACUCGGUGGGCAGCGCCGAAUACCAAGCGCGAAUAAACGUAAGAGGCCCCCCCAGCAUCCGCGCAAUGAAGAACAUUACAGCCGUGGCAGGAAGGGACACUUUCAUCAACUGCAGGGUGAUUGGCUACCCAUAUUAUUCCAUCAAAUGGUACAAGGACUCACUGCUCCUGCCUGACAACCACCGGCAAGUGGUCUUUGAAAAUGGCACUCUCAAGCUUAUGGAUGUCCAGAAGGGGAUGGAUGAAGGGGAGUACCUAUGCAGUGUCCUCAUUCAGCCACAGCUUUCAAUCAGCCAGAGUGUCCAUGUCACUGUGAAAGUCCCGCCUCUCAUCCAGCCCUUCGAAUUCCCUCCGGCCUCCAUCGGCCAGCUCCUGUACAUCCCAUGCGUGGUCUCCUCGGGUGACAUGCCCAUCCGCAUCACGUGGAGGAAAGACGGGCAGGUGAUCCUUUCCGGCUCCGGCGUCACCAUCGAGAGCAAGGAGUUCAUGAGCUCCCUGCAGAUCUCCAGCGUCUCCCUCAAGCACAACGGCAACUACACUUGCAUUGCUACCAACGAUGCUGCCACCGUCAGCCGUGAGCGGCAGCUCAUUGUUCGAGUCCCUCCUCGCUUUGUUGUCCAACCCAACAAUCAGGAUGGAAUCUAUGGCAAAGCAGGGGUGUUGAACUGCUCUGUGGAUGGAUACCCCCCUCCCAAAGUCAUGUGGAAACAUGCUAAAGGCAGUGGGAACCCCCAGCAAUACCACCCAGUCCCCCUCACCGGCCGCAUCCAGAUCCUGCCCAACAGUUCACUGCUCAUUCGGCAUGUUUUAGAAGAGGACAUCGGCUAUUACCUGUGCCAGGCCAGCAAUGGAGUCGGUACAGACAUCAGCAAGUCCAUGUUCCUUACGGUGAAAAUCCCUGCCAUGAUCACCUCUCACCCCAACACCACCAUCGCCAUCAAGGGGCAGGCCAAAGAGCUGAACUGCACGGCCCGCGGAGAGCGGCCCAUCAUCAUCCGCUGGGAGAAAGGGGAUACCGUCAUCGACCCAGAUCGCAACGUCCGAUACGCCAUCGCCACCAAGGACAAUGGCGACGAGGUCAUCUCCACACUUAAACUCAAGCCAGCUGACCGCGGGGACUCCGUUUUCUUCUCCUGCCAUGCAAUCAACUCAUAUGGUGAAGACAGAGGUCUCAUUCAGCUCACCGUCCAAGAGCCACCAGACCCUCCCGAGUUGGAGAUCCGGGAGGUGAAGGCUCGAAGCAUGAAUUUGCGCUGGACGCAGAGGUUCGACGGCAACAGUAUCAUCACCGGCUUUGAUAUUGAGUACAAGAACAAGUCUGAUUCUUGGGAUUUUAAGCAAUCGACUCGCAACAUUUCCCCAACUAUUAACCAAGCCAACAUUGUGGACCUCCACCCGGCUUCCGUUUACAGCAUCCGCAUGUACUCCUUCAACAAGAUUGGCCGCAGCGAACCCAGCAAGGAGCUGACCAUUAGCACCGAGGAAGCAGCUCCAGAUGGUCCCCCCAUGGAUGUCACCUUGCAGCCCAUGACAUCCCAGAGCAUCCAGGUCACUUGGAAGGCCCCUAAGAAGGAACUCCAGAACGGGGUGAUCCGUGGCUACCAAAUUGGCUACCGGGAGAACAGCCCUGGGAGCAACGGGCAGUACAGCAUUGUUGAGAUGAAGGCCACAGGGGACAGCGAGGUCUACACCCUUGACAACCUGAAGAAAUUUGCCCAGUAUGGUGUGGUGGUGCAGGCCUUCAACCGUGCAGGCACUGGCCCCUCGUCCAGCGAGAUCAACGCCACAACGCUGGAGGAUGUGCCCAGCCAACCGCCUGAAAACGUGAGGGCCUUGUCCAUCACCUCCGAUGUGGCUGUGAUCUCCUGGUCGGAGCCGCCAAGGAGCACCCUCAACGGUGUCCUGAAGGGAUACCGUGUCAUCUUCUGGUCUCUCUACAUGGAUGGAGAGUGGGGGGAGAUGCAGAAUAUCACCACCGUCCGGGAGCGAGCAGAGCUGCGCGGCAUGGAGAAGUUCACCAACUACAGCGUGCAGGUCCUGGCUUACACCCAGGCUGGUGACGGUGUCCGCAGCAACGUGCUCCACAUCCAGACCAAGGAAGACAUUCCCGGUCCUCCUGCUGGGAUCAAAGCGGUCCCUUCUUCCUCCAGCAGCGUGGUGGUCUCUUGGCUUCCCCCCACCAAACCCAAUGGAAUCAUCCGGAAAUACACCAUCUUCUGCUCCAGCCCAGGCUCUGGGCAGCCGGCUCCCAGCGAGUACGAAACCAGCCCCGAGCAGCUGUUCUAUCGCAUCGCGCACCUGAACCGUGGGCAGCAGUACAUGCUUUGGGUUGCAGCCGUAACCUCGGCGGGACGUGGCAACAUGAGCGAAAAGGUCACCAUUGAGCCUGCUGGAAAAGCCCCAGCCAAGAUAAUUUCGUUUGGUGGCACUGUCACCACCCCGUGGAUGAAGGAUGUGCGCCUGCCCUGCCAUUCAGUCGGGGAGCCUGCCCCAGCAGUGAAAUGGACCAAGGACAGUGAUGACUCUGCUAUUCCAGUGGCCGUGGAUGGGCACCGCCAGAUCCAGACCAACGGCACGCUGAUUCUGCGCUCUGUGAAAGCAGAGGACUCUGGAUACUACACCUGCACAGCUACCAACACAUGGGGGUUUGACACCAUCAUUGUCAACUUGCUGGUGCAAGUCCCCCCUGACCAGCCCCGGCUGACGGUAUCAAAGACCUCGGCCUCCUCCAUCACCUUGGCCUGGAUUCCUGGUGAUAAUGGUGGCAGCUCCAUCCGAGGGUUUGUGCUGCAGUACUCUGUUGACAACAGCGAGGAGUGGAAAGACGUCUUCAUCACUUCCACGGAGCGUUCCUUCAAGCUGGAGAGCCUGAAAUGCGGGACUUGGUACAAGGUGAAGCUGGCGGCCAAGAACAGCGUUGGCGCUGGGCGCAUCAGUGAGAUCAUCGAGGCCAAGACCCACGGCAGAGAGCCCUCCUUUAACAAGGACCAGCACCUGUUCACCCACAUUAACUCCACGCAUGCCAGGCUGAACCUGCAAGGCUGGAACAGUGGCGGCUGCCCCAUCCUGGCCGUCGUCCUAGAAUACCGGCCCAAGGGCACCUGGGUCUGGCAGAGCCUGCGGGCCAAUUACUCCAACGAAGUCUUUCUGACGGAACUGCGCGAAGCCACGUGGUACGAGCUGCGCAUGAAGGCGUGCAACAGCGCCGGCUGCGGCAAUGAGACCAUGCAGUUUGCCACCUUGGACUACGAUGGCAGUACCAUCCCACCCAUCAAGUCCGCCCAGGGGGAGGGAGACGAUGUGAAGAAGCUUUUCACCAUUGCGUGCCCCGUCAUCUUGGCCACGCUCGGCGUGGCGUUGCUCUUUGUCGUCCGCAAGAAGCGGAAGGAGAAGCGCCUGAAACGCUUGCGAGAUGCCAAAAGUUUGGCUGAAAUGCUUAUCAGUAAGAAUAACCGGAGCUUUGACACGCCAGUGAAGGGGCCCCCGCAGGGCCCUCGGCUGCACAUUGACAUUCCCCGUGUUCAACUCCUCAUUGAGGACAAGGAAGGAAUCAAGCAGAUAGGAGAUGACAAGGCAACCAUCCCAGUGACGGACACAGAAUUCAACCAGGCUGUGAACCCACAGAGUUUCUGCACUGGCGUUUCCCUGCACCAUCCAGCACUCAUCCAGAACACAGGACCUCUGAUAGACAUGUCUGAUAUUCGCCCUGGCACCAAUCCGGUUUCCAGGAAAAGUGUGAAGUCCGCACAUAGUACCAGGAACAGAUACUCCAGUCAAUGGACCCUCACCAAGUGUCAGGCCUCCACCCCAGCACGGACCCUCACCUCUGACUGGAGGACAGUUGGCUCCCAGCAUGGCAUCACAGUGACAGAAAGCGACAGUUACAGUGCCAGCUUAUCCCAGGAUACAGACAAAGGGCGGAACAGCAUGGUGUCCACAGAGAGCGCCUCGUCCACUUACGAGGAGCUGGCACGCGCCUACGAACAUGCCAAGCUGGAGGAGCAGCUGCAGCACGCCAAGUUUGAGAUCACCGAGUGCUUCAUCUCCGACAGCUCCUCUGACCAGAUGACCACGGGCACCAACGAGAACGCUGACAGCAUGACCUCCAUGAGCACCCCAUCGGAGCCUGGCAUCUGCCGCUUCACGGCCUCCCCGCCCAAGCUGCAGGACAGCGACCGCGGCAAGGGGGUAGCUGUGCCCAUCCCUCACCGAGCAAAUAAAAGCGACUACUGCAACCUGCCUUUGUACAUGAAAUCCGAAACUUUCUUCCGCAAGCCAGACCUUCAUGACCCAUGCCCAGUAGUGCCGCCCCGCGAGGCCUCCAUCCGGAACCUGGCCCGGGCCUACCACACGCAGGCCAGGCACCUAACGUUAGACCCCAGCAGCAAAGCCUUGGCUGUGCCCCACGUGAGUGCAACCACGACUACCUUACCUCAGCGGACUCUGGCCAUGCCUGGCUCAGCAAGUGCUGCUCCUCCUCCUCCUGCCCCGCCGCUGCUGCUGCCUGCCGCCACCACCACGGCUACUGCGCCCGUAGCUGCCCCUGCCUCAAGCACUGAACCUGCUGCUGCUCCCAGUGCUGAGCCACGUUUGCCUCCCCACACCAAAAUGGGGGGGUCUAGAGACUCGCUACUAGAAAUGAGCACCUCUGGUAUAGGGAGGUCCCAGAAACAGGGAGCUGGCGCCUACUCAAAAUCCUAUACACUGGUGUAGCAAUGGACACAAGACAACACAGACUUUUACUCUUUUCCUGAGUUAUUUAUAUUGAAAUAAAAGAAGCUCUUGUACAGAAUGGACUUUUUUUUGUAUAAAUGAAACUAUUUUCUUCUUCUCCAAACCUGAGGGGGGAAAUCAGCCAAGGGUGCAAAGCAUUUGGUAAUCUUUUUCACUGAAGGUUUUGCUGUUUCACAUUGUCUUUGAAGAGAGCACAGAAGUAGACUGUGUGGCUCUCUUCUCUCCCCCUAUCAAGCAACCCUGUUGGUUUUGAAGAGACUCCUUUGAGACACUGCAUGUUGUUUUACUGUUUGGAAAACCAUAGGAUUUGCUUCAAGUUGCAUCUGCCUCUGUGUUAAUACAUUUUUAUAUAAAAACAAAAAGCCAGCAGUGUGCAAUAAAAGUUAUGUUUCUAUAA